AUGUCGUUUCGAACCACCAGUUUCAACUUCGAAGUGGCCUCCUGCAUUCUGGGCACCAUCUUCAACGCCCUGCUCCUGUGGGUGGCGGGCCGCUCCACGAAGAAGUCGGUGGUGUUCAGCGAGUUCAGCAAGAUCGUCAAAGUGAACGUGGCCUUCGACGUGUACCUGAUCGUGAGCACGAUCAGCUCGGGCGCGCAGAUCGACACGCAGGGCGGCUACUUCUUCAUGGUGGAUGGCUACGAUCGGCGGGGAAUGCCGCCGCUGGCGAACAUCAUGUUCGGCUGUCUGUGGUGCUCGUCGAUCGGGUUCGCCGCGCUGUACGGCGCCCUGCCCAUGUAUUUUCGCUAUGUGACGUUUUGCAAGUGAGUGAUAAUAUUAUAUAAUAAGUCGAGUUGAAUGCGGCCAUAACGGCUCGGGCAUGAGGGAACCACAAAAAAUAUUUUAAAAAAUCAGUGUGUCGGGAAAAUAAUGAGCACUCUGUCGCAGCGAAAAUCGCAUCGCCGAAGGGAAAAUGAAUUGUGUCGCGACAAAGUAAUUUUUUUUUCACUUCAGCGACAAAGUGCUCAUUAUUUUCCCGACAGUCUCAUCGCCGCAAAAAACCCUCGGAAUUUGUCGCGACCGCAAAAAUUCGUGCUCAGACCGCGAUAUCGCACGUCGCGUUUGAAUUAUCGCUCGAAAAAAUGGGAGUCGCGCGCGACAUAGGGCAAAAAAUGGAAUUGCACGGUGCGAACGCACUUUUUGUCGCGGAUGCACGGUGCGAAAUGCGAUUUUCGAAAAGCGACAUUAUCGCGCGAAAUGCACAGUGCGGAGUCGCGGAAAAUUCCCAGGACUUUUUGUCGCGAUAUCUAGCCCACUUAUCGGUCUGUCGGGAAAAUAAUGUGGAUUUGUCGCAAAAAAAUCUUGUCGCUAUCGCGACCCAAAUCCUCGUCGCUACCCAUCGCAAAGCGAUGAUUAGCAAUUUCAACCCGCGACAAAUCCACAUUAUUUUCCCGACAGACUGAUAUAUCCAAUAUGGGGAAGCCUUCCAACUAUUAUACGAUAAUAUAGCCGCAAUUUUCAGAGAAGAGACGGUCUCCACUGUCCGAAUAUUCUUCUGGAUCAUGGCCGUCGUUCUGACCGCCGUCUGGAACAGCUCAUGGGCACUGCAUUCGGCUUGCGACAAUCUUCACCAAACCGAGAACUUGACGAAACUUUUGGAUCGCGACUUUUGGGCAUUGCCUGAUGGGGAGAUGCCUUUCGUUAGUGUGGUUUCGUUGGUAAGUUGCUGGAGCUCAGUGUCAACGAAAAAAAUUAUUAUAAAAAAAAAUUGAGAACGAUUGUUAAAAAGUGCGUAGACUUUUUGUCGCAAAGCUCUUUUUUGCACUGUGCAAUUCAAAAAUCGCCGCGACAUGACCUUUUUUUCACCUCUGUCGCCCGCUUUUUAUCAGUCUGGCCGAAAAAGAAUUGUCCUCCGCGCCCCCCUCCGUCGCACUCUCUCCAAACCCCAAUUUGAAAUUUGGAGGGCGUCGCCGAAAGAAAGAGCAAAAACGACGCAUCGCUGGCGAUAAAAGUGUGUUUUGCACAGUGCAAACGGCUUUUUUGCACUGUGCAAUCAACAAAAUUCCCCAAAUUUUGGCGAUUUUCUCUCGUCGCGCGCACUUUUGCGAUGCAUCGCUCAAACUUUCGGUGCCGCUCAUUUUCGAGGUUGCGAUUUCGAUGCUGCGACGAGGGUAAUUCUUUUUCGGCCAGACUGAUAGCGACAAAAAUUGCAAAAAGAAGCAAAAUGCACUGUGCGCCGCGAAAAACGGUUUUUAUCGCCGACGCACAGUGCAUUUUGCUUUUUCGCACUGUGCGUGCGAAAAUUCCUUCGCUUUUUCGCACUGUGCGUGCCGCUUUGGGCCAUUUUGCACUGUGCAAGGGUCUGUCGCGAUCGCAAAAUUCGCAGCGACGCAGGGAAAAAAGGUUUUGUCGCAGCAAUGUUUCGAUUGCACAAAAAGUUCUCAUCGCCGACGCACAGUGCAUUUUGCUUUUUCGCACUGUGCGUGCAGUUUUGAGUCAUUUUGCACAGUGCAAGGGUCUGUCGCGAUCGCAAAACUUGCGGGGAAAAAAGCUUUUGUCGCGGCGAUGUUUCGAUUGCACAAAAAGUUCUCAUCGCCGACGCACAGUGCAUUUUGCCCGCCUUUUUGCACUGUGCGUGCCGCUUUGAGACAUUUUGCACAGUGCAAGGGUCUGUCGCGAUCGCAAAAUUCGCAGCGAUGCAGGGAAAAAAGGUUUUGUCGCGGCGAUAUUCCCGCUGCACGGUGCAAAAGGUCAAAUGCACAGUGCGGAAUGGUUUGAAAACGGGUUGCACAGUGCAAAAAGAGGCAAAAUGCAAAAUCUCAAAUGCACGGUGCAGAACAGUGGCGCGACAAAAUGUCAAAAAAUUGUUGAAAAACUUUUUAAUGCUCCUGGUUGUUUCAGACAAAUCUUGGCGGGCUUAUGUUCGCCGCUUCCUGCACGGUCAGCUUCACAUUUGCCACUUCGUUCGGCUUCUAUUUGGUGAUGAAAAUUCGGGCGCGUCUGGACGAGAUCUCGAAGAGCGCGCUCUCGGACAAGACGAAACGCCUGCAAGCGCAGAUGAAUCGGAUGAUCAUCUUUCAGGUAAGGGGGGUGUCAUAUGCGACAACGCUUUUGCAUCAUACCGACAUUUUUGUCAGAAAAAAUACUUUUUGUCGGGAAAAUAAUGUGGAUUCAUGGUGCCUUGGGAUCAUCGCUUUGCGACGUCUGGGGACUUGGUUUGCAACCUUUUUUUGCUAUUUGUCGCAGAUUUUUUUUCUGCGACAAAUCCUCAUUAUUUUCCCGACAAACUGAUAUCAAGGAUUUUCGGCCCACCUAGUGCUAUUUUUACCGCAAAAUAUCAUGUGAAAAUCAUAAAAAAUUUAUUUUUAGCCCCUAUUCCUUUCGAAAUCCCUUAGAUUUCGUUUAUUUUCGUCUCCAGCGAAGGCGAAAAGUUUAUCCCCUCAAUAUUGCAAUUAUGAUCCCUUCAAAUGCAACCGGCCCCGGUCUUAAGGCCCCCCUUGAAUAGCACGCCAAAUUACAAGCCUUUCUGUCGCGGCAAUUAAGCGCAACGUGAGCGGAAUGUUUCAUAUUUAAGGGCCCAUUCAGGAGGGUUUGCAUGCAUUCAUUGACUCCGGGAAAAUUGGAAAAGAAUUUGUCGGAAAAGGUUCAAAUUCCCUUCAGUUUCCGCAAAAUAGAAGCAAUUGGCGAGAUUGUUCGCACCUUAGUUCUGAGAAUCAUUCCGAAAACAUUGAAGAUAGCAAGCUAGAAAGAGAGAAAAAAUACGGCAAAAAUUUGCAAAAAAUUAGGUGCACGGGGGCCAGAAAACGGAAACUUGUACUUAUUUGUGGCAACAAAGCGACACUCAGAUUUUGAUGAAACUUGGCACAAAUUUGGAAUAACAUGCUCUAUCAGACUGUCGAAAAAAUAAUGUGGAUUUCUUAGUCUGUCGGGAAAAUAAUGUGGGUUUAUCUGCCUGUCGGGAAAAUAAUGUGGAUUUAUCUGCCUGUCGGGAAAAUAAUGUGGAUUUUAUGUCCGUCGGGAAAAUAAUGUGGAAUUAUCAGCCUGUCGGGAAAAUAAUGUGGAUUUUAUGUCCGUCGGGAAAAUAAUGUGGAAUUAUCAGCCUGUCGUGAAAAUAAUGUGGAUUUAUCAGUCUGUCGGGAAAAUAAUGUGGAUUUUCCGUCUGUCGGAAAAAUAAUGCGGAAUUAUCAGUCUGCCGGGAAAAUAAUAUGGAUUUAUAAGUUUAUCGGGAAAAUAAUGUGGAUUUAUCUGCCUGUCGGGAAAACAAUGUGGAUUUCUUACUCCGUCGGGAAAAUAAUGUGGAUUUAUCUGCCUGUCGGGAAAAUAAUGUGGAUUUAUAAAUUUGUCGGUAAAGUAACGAGCACUCUGUCGCAACGAAAAUCGCAUCGCCGCCGAUAAAAUGAAUUGUCUCGCGACAAAAUCAAAUUGCUUUUCACUUCAGCAACAUGAUCGGCGAAAUGCGCUCAUUAUUUUCCCGACAGUCUGAUAUGAAAAGAUACGAAGAUGUGGAUGGUACUAGUUAGUAUUUUACGGAUGUUUUGGUGGCUUUUGGCAUGACAGAUUUUGCUACAUCCAGCGAUUUGUCAACUUCUUCCCGAAACAGAACGGAAAUCGAGGCCCCUCUGUUUGACGUUCAAAAACAACAUGUUAAGCAAGCGAUAUGGGCAUGAAAAUAAAACACCUAGAGCAGAAAAUUACGAGGAAUUUAACGGUGUAAAAAUUGUUUGGCUACACCUCAAGGUUUUCGCGGUAGCACCCAUGGAAAAAUUUUCAAUUUUUUGGUCCACCCUGUAUUAUGUCGGCAGCGAUGCGAUUUUCGCUGCGACAGAGUGCUCAUUAUUUUCCCGACAGACUGAUAAAACUAUGCCAACACCCAAAGCAUAACAGGGACUUUCCCGGAUGGAUAGGCACAAAGAAAACAUGUAUAUAUUGUAAAUAGUAUCCAACCCAUUUUCUAAUCGCUCCUGUUUUCAGCUGGUUGUCACCGUGGUCCUCGGCCAGCUCCCCGUGAUCCUGACCGCCGGCCAAAUGCUGGCCAAGACCAACCUGCCCAGCGAGUUCAACAUCAUCGUGGGCUGCAUGGACCCGCUGCUGCCGGUGGUGAACCCGAUCGCCGACAUCCUGUUCGUGGACGCGUACCGCCGCCAGCUCUUCUCGCUGCCGCGCCGGAUAUGGAGCCGGCACUCGGUGGGCGACACCUCCACCGAGCUGGACAAGACGAAACGCCGACUUUCCGUUGUUAGUUAGGUGUGAAAUUGCACCGUGUGAGGAUUGUCAAAGAUUCUCCGGCCUGUCGUCUUACUGUUUAUAUACACUUGUUUUGCAAUUGCUAUCGGAAUGAAUGGGCCUUCUGAAGAAUAGAGCCUCAUACAACAAAACCUGCCUAUAAUGAAGAAUUUCGGAGCUCCUAAAGGUCAAUUUUGGGCCGGAAUAGACCUCCGUACAGCCACAUCCUCCCUAUAACGAAUAUUGGCAUUUUCAUUGCAUAGAUGUUUUGUCGCGGGCCGCACAAGCUUUAUGAAAAUACUACUAUCAGAAACAAGCUUUUUUCCACGCAUUUUCCGUGCGUUGAUUGCAAAACGUUCACCCUGUUUCCCUUCGAAUUUUGCUCACCGUAGAUCGCAACUUUUCCCUCACUUGUCACCGUUGUAACUCUCUCGAGCCACGUCACCUUAUUCAAGAUGCAAUUUUCAGCUGGCGAUCAAGCACAUCCCAAAAACCUCCUACAUUUACUCCCUCUUCACGAAAUGGGAACGCACCGAAACCGGCGUUUCCAAUUGA